UCACUUCCGCCUUCCGCUCUAAAAUAGCUCGUCGAUUUGGUCUCGGGAACUUUUAUAUUUACAAGCACAAGAUCCAGGAAAAGACGUCAGUAUGGUCAAGUUAUUUCACAUAUCCGUAUUGUAUAAGCACCCAACGAAAGGCGUCAUUUUAAAAUGUGCGAGCGAAGUAUCGUCGUUCAGCUUCUUCCAGAUCGAGGUUGUUGUCGAAUUUCUCAAGUUUUCCAGCCAAAUCAUAGUGUCUCGAAGCUGUGUGGCGACACGGUCAUCUGUACGAGAGAGAGAAUAUAUGUGCCACGUCUACGUUCGCAGCGACUGCUUAGCCGGCGUUGUCGUUUCUGACCACGAAUACCCGAGCCGAGUGGCGCACACGUUACUCAACAAGGUACUGGAUGACUUCGCCUCGAAAGUUCCGGCGCAUACGUGGUCUUCUCUAGUUGAAAGCACAUGCCAGUACCAGGGCUUGGAGGCAUACCUGGCAAAGUACCAGGUGCCCACUGAAGCUGACGCAAUGACCAAAAUCCAAGCUGACCUGGAUGAAACAAAGAUCAUCUUGCACAACACCAUUGAAGCUGUCUUGGAACGUGGCGAAAAACUGGACGACCUUGUGGCAAAAUCUGAAGACCUGAGCAUGCAGUCAAAAACGUUUUACAAGACUGUGAGUGCUACUCUGGCUUACUUAUGAAAAAUUUAAGCAACC